AAUUUGAUUGAAAAUGGAGAAGAGAAAAUUGAGCUCAAUUUUAGUGCUAAUGAAGAAUUGUUGUAUUAAUAAAUUUACACAAAUGAAAUAGUGAAGUAAAGCGCACGUUUUUAACGAAACUAAAGUGAAUGUGCCAGCAAAAAGUAAAUUUCCUUUCUACAAUUUGCUGUGGAAGGCUCUCAUUUGGGCUAAUCUCCUAUGCUGCUUCAGUUUCACUGCUUUUGACAUCGACAAGCUAACAGAGAGUUGCGCUCAAUAUUAUAUUAUUGUUGGGGAGAUAGCUCCACACCACAUGCUCGCUUGUAUUUGAACUUCAAAUUUUCAAGUGAUAGCUAUGUGGUUUUUGAAGACGUGCCGGCAGUGCUUGGCGCUUAGUCACAUUUAGUUUUGCUCCGCGAGCGGUUCUGACGGGAAUGCGCUGAUUAAAGUGUUGCUACUAUAUUAAAUAUAUGUAGGUAUAUAACAGGUGCAAUUGGAACGGUACGAGCACUGCGCCAAACGUGAUAAGUGAUUUAGCGUUGGAGGGAAAUUAAUUGACACAACAAUUAAAUGAACUGUUAUGACUUGACAUAAACGUGGUCGUUAUGAGCAAUUAUCAUUGAACAAUAAAUUAAAAAUACUUACAAGAAACGUUGAAAGCGUGCGGCGAGAGCUACAAAGCGCUUAACAUAAAUUCAGCAACAAUCAACAUCAAAUACUAAAAUAUCUUUUUAAUAUCUGAGCUCUUUCUGCCUUGAAUCGAACUGAGCAGUAUCAUCCAAAAUGCUGACCUGCUUUAUUAUUAUUUUCGUGAUAUUAUUCUGUGGCUUUUAUUUUGCCAAAACCUCCAAGGAGAUGCCAAAGAACUGGUAUGAGCUGAAAACGGAGCUGCGCUACCAAUACAUUGGCCUCGUGGGCCUGAUACACGAUUUCACAUAUCGUUCACGCGAUCGCGUCGCGCUUUAUAAGCAACCUGGACGUGUAGCUGUAAUUACGGGUGGCAACCGUGGCAUUGGACUUCGCAUUGUGGAGAAACUUCUCGCCUGUGAUAUAACGGUUAUAAUGGGUGUGCGUGAGCCGGCCAGCGCCGAAGCUGCGGUCACUUCCGUUGUCGACCUCACCUCAAGCGGCGGCAAACUGAUAUGUGAACCACUUGACAUCGGUGAUCUCACAUCCGUUAAGAAAUUCGCUGAAAAGGUAAAGGCGCGCUUCAACAAAGUGGACUUGCUAAUCAACAAUGCUGGCAUCAUGUUUGCGCCCUUCAAGCUGACCGCCGAUGGCUUCGAAUCUCACAUCGCCACCAACUACUUGGGUCACUUCUUGCUUACACAUUUACUGUUGCCCGAGUUAAAGGCAGCCGGCGAAGCAGGCAAAAACGCGCGCAUUGUAAACAUUUCCUCCUGCGUGAAUUUGAUUGGACGCAUCAACUAUAACGACAUCAAUGGACUCAAAAAUUAUUACCCCGGCACUGCGUACAGUCAAUCGAAAUUGGCACAAAUCCUCGCUACACGUCACCUGCAAACGAGAUUGAACGCGCAGUCGGCGCAUGUACAGGUGAAUGCGGUGCAUCCGGGCAUUGUCGACACCGAUCUGUUCGAGCACAGCGCCACCACUUAUGUGCCGUUCGUAAAGAAGCUGUUAUUCAAAAAUCCCGAGCAGGGUUCACGCACCGUCGUUUUAGCCGCCAUCGACCCUAAGUUGGAAGGCAAGGGUGGCACCUACUUGAGCAAUGGUGGACUUGGCCAAAUGCAUAGCGAUGCCAAGGAUCCAGCUAAAUGUGAGAAAUUGUUCAAAUUCUCGUGCGAACUGUUGAAAAUCGAAGAUUUCGGCAAUGGAAAAAUUUGAUGCAAAACAGCUGAGCAAC